AUGUUGGGUAUUUUGUUUGCUUUUGUCUCUGCAAAGAGACUACACAAGUAUGAUUAUUCGAAGAAUCCUCAAGCAAAUGGAGAUGGAACAGGCGUAGUGUUUGCUGGAGGAUAUGGAGCAAACAUAAGGUCGGGUCCAAGUACAAGUUCUUCGAUUAUUGGAGCUGCCGCUGAUGGAACACAAGUAACUGUUAUCGGACACCAAAACGAUUGGUGGCAAGUCAACAGAAAUGGCCAAACAGGUUAUAUCAAAGCAGAAUUACUUCAUGUCAGAGGUAAAGUUGACGCAGAUAUAGGUCUAAAAAUUCGCUCCGGUCCCGGUACAAAUUACGCAAGGGUAGGUGGCCUUCCGAACAACGCCGUCGUUACAAUUUAUGAUGUUUCCUCAAAUUGGUACAAAGUUGAUCAAGGAUGGGUUUGUGCCGAUUACGUUUCACUCGUGUCUGGUGGUGCUGGACCAACUCCAUCUCCUUCUGGUCAAGUAAUCAAGCAGUACGAUCCUAGGUUCAACCAAAACAUCAGGAAUUGGGGAUGCGCAUUCAUGUCACUCUGCUGGCUCGGCGGAGUCAACUCCAUCGAAGGAUGCACUGCCAACUAUAACUUGGCCGUCAGCAGAAACUGGAUGCGUUCCGAUUGCUACAUCUUAAGCUGGUAUUCAAUUAUUCCACUAACAGGUGCAAAAUCCUGCCGCAUUGGUGGAAGAUACGCUCCUGUUGGAGCAAAUGAGAAAGAAAUUCUCGCUUGCAAGAAUGCAAGAGUUCCAAGCCAUUACGUCGUCGGAGACAGAAAUGGUGGUAUCGAGUAUGAUACAGGUCAUGCGGGCUAUGUUUCCUAUAAUGACCAUUACAAGAAAAUCAUUUAUACUUACUAA